GAGACCCAUUAAAAGCUCCAAAUUGAAUUGGAAGCCUCUGAAUCAAUUUGGAGAAUUAGGCACCAGUUUGAAGAUUUGGCCCUAGACUGAACAGGCAGCAGUCUCUGAUCACACUGGAUACAGCUGACUCCAGCUGGUUAGAAAGUAAAUCGGGAAUCUAAUUCUUCAGCAACAGCCAUCCAAAUAAGCCUGAGCACAAAUGACUGCAGAAGAGAAGGCGAGCCUGCGGUUCUACAAGAACUAUAUUGUGACGACACUGAACCCUGUGUAUAUUUUAAGCAACAUGAGGGAAUGGCUCCCUGUUGAAGUCAUAGAAAGGAUUCAGGCUGAAGAAAAAAAUGGAAUAACUGCUGCUGCGGAAAUGUUUCUCAACAUGAUACUGGAACUUGAAGACAAGGGAUGGUUUCGUGGAUUUCUAGACGCGCUCAUUGCAGCAGGUUACAUUGGUCUGGCAGAAGCAAUUGAAAACUGGGAUUUUCAAAAACUUGAGCAACUGGAGAUGCAUAGACGACUGCUGAAGCGUAUAGAGGCCACCAUGUUGGAAAUCAAGGCCAGAGAUAUAAUUCCCUUAAUAAAUGCUUGUCUCAUAAAUAGGGAAUGUGAAGAGAUUCUGCAGCUUGUAGAAAACAGAGGCCAAUCAGCCGGUGCAGCAAAACUUGUUGAGUGUCUUUGUAGGUCAGACAAAGAAAAUUGGCCUAAAGAAUUUCAGCUGGCGCUGCAUCGAUUAGGCUAUGACCAUGCAUGUAAACUGUGGGAUAUGAAAGAAGGUAAUGAUAAAGAGAAGGAUGUUGAAAUGAAGGAUGACCAGGAUGAGGAGAGAAGUGCCUUUGACAUAACCGUAACAUAUUCUGAAGCAGGAGAAUUUGACAAUUUCAGUGGGAAUCAGUGUUCUCCUCCGGAAGUGUCUGAAGAUCCUGUUUAUGUACCAAAGAAGGCUCGAAGUUAUCAGCUGGAGCUUGCUAGGCCUGCUUUCGAUGGGAAAAACACAUUAAUAUGUGCUCCAACUGGAUCUGGAAAAACCUUUGUUGCACUUCUGAUUGCUGAAAAUCAUCUCGAAAACAUGCCUCCAGGACAGAAGGGGAAGAUUGCUUUUCUAGUUACUAAAAUUCCAGUAUAUGAGCAACAGAGAAAUGUGUUCAAGCAGCAUUUUGAAACGAAAAGGUAUAAAGUUGGAGGAAUUUGUGGGGAAACGGUUGGGGAUAUCCCUGAAGAAAUGCUUAUUGAACAGAAUGAUAUCAUUGUCUUGACGCCUCAGAUCCUUGUGAAUUGGCUUCAGUAUGGAAUCAUUUCUUCCGUGGCUAUUUUUACCCUCCUCAUAUUUGAUGAGUGUCACAAUACCACUGGGAAUCACCCUUAUAAUGUGUUAAUGUCCAGCUACCUGGACCUUAAGUUUGGCUCAUCUGCCAGUCCACGGCCUCAGAUUGUGGGUUUAACUGCCUCCAUUGGAGUUGGCAGUGCCACUGACCUCGUGGGCAUAAUGGAAUACAUCUGUACGCAGUGUGCCUGCCUGGACAUACAAGUCAUUUCUACCAUCAGAGAAAACAGAGAGGACCUGGAAAAAAUUGUAUUCACGCCCAAAAAAAUUGUCAGGCAAGUUAUGUUGCGCCCCCAAAACCGUUUUGUGGACAUUAUUUCAAAUAUGAUAUCUAAGACUGAGGCACUGGCAAAACAGAUGUACCCAAUAGAUACUCUGUCCCCUAUUAAGACUAAAGAUUUUGGAACACAAACAUACGAACAAUGGAUUGUCGCCGUGCAGAAGAAGUGCAGAGUAUUACAACUGGAAGAUAAGGAGGAAGAGAGCAGGAUUUGUCAUGCUCUUUUUACUUAUACUGAACAUUUACGGAAAUAUAAUGAUGCCCUCAUUAUCAAUGAAGAUGCACGCACCCAAGAUGCCUUGGGAUACUUGAUAGAAUUCUUCAAGAAUAUCAAAAGCAGAGAGUUUGAUGAGAGAGAGCAGCAGUUAACAGCAAACUUUGAAGAGAAACUGCAGGAACUGACUGAGCUUUCCACUGAUGAGUCAAAUGAGAAUCCCAAACUGCAGGAACUCUCUUUCAUCCUGGAUGAAGAAUACCACCAAAAUCCUCAGACUCGGACCCUUCUCUUUGUUAAGACGAAAGCUCUAGUGGUUGCUCUGAAGAAAUGGGUAGAUGAAAAUCCUGCACUCAGUCAUCUAAAACCAGAUGUACUGAUGGGACAUAACAGAAAUCAGAAUAUAGGUAUGACCCUUCUACAUCAAAAGGGUGCACUGGACUCCUUCAGAAGCAGUGGAAAAAGCAAGAUGCUAAUAGCUACAUCCGUGGCUGAUGAAGGGAUUGACGUUGCUGAAUGCAACCUCGUUCUUCUCUAUGAAUACACUGGCAACGUCAUCAAAAUGAUCCAAGUCAGAGGUCGUGGCAGGGCAAAAGGUAGCAAAUGCAUUCUAGUGACGAGCAAAAGUGAAGUGGCUGAGAAGGAGACAGUCAAUGUCUGGAAGGAAGAGCAGAUGAACAAAGCCAUUAAGGAGAUCCAGAAGUGGAGUGAGGAGCAGUUUUUAAAGAAGGUAAAGGACCUGCAAAACAAGGAAAAGAUCAUACGAGAUACCCGAAGGAGACAAUUAAAACCAAAGAUGCCAAAGAGCACUAAAAGGCUCUUAUGUGGGAAAUGCAAAGUGUUUGCAUGCAAUACAGAUGAUAUCAGGGUCAUAGAGGACUCCCAACACAUUGUCAUAGAUAAGCAAUUCCGCAACCGUUUUAGAACACGUCCUCAUCCAAAAGGAAAGCAAUUUGGCCACUUUGAGAAAAAAUGUAAGAUGUACUGUGAAGAUUUGAAAUGCCAGCAUGACUGGGGCAUCACAAUGAGGUACAAGACAUUUGACAACCUGCCAGUGAUCAAAGUUGAAAGCUUUGUAGUGGAGGACAUUGCAACUGGGAAGCAGUCAGUUUUCCGGAAGUGGGUUCACAUUGAUUUUGAACUGAAGAAAUUUGAUGUUAAAGAAAUGUCCUGCUAAGAGCUCAGAUCAAUCUGUUAAUUUACAUACGAAACUUUUUGAUAUGUGUGCAAGUGCUGUUAAGUGUUAACAAAUGCUCUUCUUCCAAACUAAAAGUGUGGAUGAUAUUGUAUACAGUGGCCAAAUUGCUAGAGGGAUAAAAGGGAGGUGGAGGUCCUCUUUAGUUACAGCAUUCAUACCAGGAGCAGGGAAGCUGCCUAUUAUUUUGUGCAUAGCAAGAGUGUUCCUGGAAUUUCUCUUCAUGCUUCAUAGACAAAAGGCCUGUUAUCUAAACAGUUUAAACAAUAUUGAAAGCUGCUUGCCAUUGACU